UAUUUUGCGCGGAUUACUAACUUGUAAGUAGUAAAACGAAUAUAAUAAAAAUUACAGUUUCUACCUACCUUUAGAUAUAGUCGUGGUGUUUUCCCGCGUAAAUUGACUUUGAGUUUGAGUUAAGCAUUUUUGAAGAACGUAGUGGGUAGGAUAGCCAUAGCUAUCGACGUAUUGAUCGCUUGUUUAUUUUUGCUUGGCACGCAUCGCUCCCGCUAUAUGGGUUCAUAAUGCAUCUCCAGAGCUGAAGACUUUUUCCGGUGGAAGGAUCUGCUGUGGCUUUGCAACAUUGCAGUGCUACGUACGAUACAACUACAAUCAGCUUAAUGACAGCACCACACCUAAACUACCGCUGAAUCAGCCAUGCUGCGUUCGUUAUUUAAGGAGCGGACUACAUCCGCGCAUGUUGAUGUGGGUACGUAGAGAAAUCGGAGGCAGUCAAAAUUGUUAGUCGAGUCGAUAUAUUGCCGGAGCGGAAAUGAGAGGUAUUCGGUGAGAAGACGUUGUUGAUCCCUGCAGAAUUGCAUAAUCUCGCACCUGCCUAAAGAAUGUCGACAUCAGACUCUGUUUUCCCUUCGUCCAGCCAAAUUCCGUCCGACCACCGUACUCAAGUGACGGUAUUCCUUUACGAAGCCAAAGACUUACCACCGAUGGAUCGCAACGGUCUAAGCGACCCUUUCUGCAAAUUCCAGAUCGGCAACUCCAAAUUCCGAUCGCGCAUCAUCCGCAAAACGCUGAAUCCGCAGUGGAUGGAGGAAUUCAAUUUCUAUCUGCAGAAAUCUGACAGUCGUGUACUGAAUGUCAGCGUGUGGGAUUGGGAUCGGGCGCUGAAGAACGAAGUGAUGGGACGCGGACAGGUUGAUCUCGCGGUGUUGUCGUACGGAAUCAGACACGAUCUCUGGGUGAACAUUAUCGAAAAAGGAAGCCAUCGGGGUUCGGUGCAUCUCUCAAUUUUGUUGCAGGACAGUAGCAAUAAAAAGCAGCGUAAAAUCUCUAAAGAGAAUGGGGAUGUUGUAAUGAAGAAUGAUGCGGAAGUGGUCGACGAUCUGCACGAAUGGGACAAUUUGUCGUUGAAUUCCGACGACGUGCCGGAACCAACCACACCCACAAUCCGGAAACCGUUGGGAUUGUUAACGGUCUACCUGCAGAAAUUAUCCGAACUAAUCGCCGUGCAAGACGCUGGUGGAAGUGUUGCCAAGAAUGUUUACUGUAUUCUGCAAUUAGGACGGGUGAAAUAUCAGACACAUAAUGUAUCGCGAAACACUAGUCCGGAAUGGAACAGCGAAUACGAAUUUCCGGUAUAUGAUGUGCACGCGGCAUUGGAAAUCGUGGUUAUGGAGAAGGAUGCCAAAGGCAGGAAAAACAUUCUAGGCUGUCUGGCAGUUCCGCUGCUCAACGUUCACUCGGGUGUUCGCAAGGGAUAUAGGUUGAAGGAUGCGAGACUGAUGCGAUUUCUCCAGCCAACGGUCUGGCUGCAGAUGAACUUGGCUUAUGAUCUCACUUUGGCGGCGUGGAGAACGCUUCAGCCACAGGAAGUGGUCGGGUCUGAACUGGACAAAAAACCUGGAAGUCAGAUGUUGGUACAUAAAGUUAAUCAAAUUCGACGCGUAGUAAGCAUUUGCUCCGACGCUCUGGAUCUCCUUCGCGCAUUGUUAUCUUGGGAAAUUCCUACCUACUCCAUCAUUGCCUACGUCCUGUAUAUCUUUAUCGUGUACUUUUUCCAGUUGUAUUGGAUACCAGUGUUUUUGUUAGCAUCAUUCUUAAAAGGGUAUAUUGAUCGGCUAUCCAACCAGAACAGCGACGCUCCGGAAACUGAAUAUGAGGCACAGUUUGACAACGCUUCUGGUGAGGCUUCCGUGGUAUCGUCGGCUUCAACUUCUGGAUCGAGAACAACGGAAACCUGGAAUCCCCUGACCAGAUUUAGAGCAACCAGCGAGUUAUUACAAAUGCUACCGGAAAAUCUCAGUUCAAGGACCUUUUGGCGGAAAGUGUUCAGUCGCGAAACCGGCAGCAAUUUGGUGAAUAAUGCCCGCACAGCACACGACCAAGCACGAUUUGUACAGCAUGUUCUGGAAUUUUUGGCAGACGUUUAUGAAAGACUAUGCAACACAUUUAAUUUUACUGUACCGUGGUUGUCAUUCAUGGCCGUUUAUAUGCUGUGUGGUGCCAUGGUCUUAUUUUAUGUGUGCUCUUUUCGCACCAUAUUACUGAUGUGGGGAACGUACGAAUUUUCCAAAGGUUAUUUUGGAUAUAAUAAUUUCGAGCUGCUAGCGUUUUUAUCUCGUGUGCACACAAAACACGAACGAAAGAUGUAUAAAGAAAUGGUUUAGAUUUAUUAUACUUAAGUACCGACUGUGAUAAUAUAUGUGAGCAAUACGUGCGCAAGCGGAAUAAAAAGAACGC